AUCAAUGCCAUUGAACCCAGUGCACAUCUGCUCCAGAUGUGUCUCUGCUGCCCUUUGCGAGGGAACGUCCCCUGUCACCUGUUGUGGUUUGCAAACCACGCUUCCACAGCUACGCAGCAUCUGCUUCUUCUUUCCGGUGGCUGGAAAGCCCCAUCCAGGCAUGUCUCAGUGACAUCCGCGAGACGGUCACACUUCAAUGUCACAUUUUGCCUGUGACUGCUGGCGACAAGGGCAGUGCAUGGACAAGAGGCAGAGGAGAAAGAGGAAGGACCCGGUGGACAUCCUGCUGCGGUAACGUGUAGCACAGCCAGACCUGCCGGCGGCACUCGGGGACACAGCUUUCGCAGAGGACGCCCCGCAGAUAUGGCACAGCUUGUGACUUCACCUGGCUUCGCUGCCCUCGGUGUCACCCUCCUGCUCAGCUUGGCCACCCAGCUGUCCCUGGCGCAAAGUAAGGGGCGGGCAUUGUGGCACCUGACCCCCCGUGAAGAAGCCGAGUGCCCCAACGCCUCGGUGGAAGCCUUCCUCAACAGCACCACAACCACCGUCCUCCUCCCCACUCUCUACUCCGUGGUGCUGCUCGUGGGGCUGCCAGCCAAUGUGCUGGCCUGCUGGGUCCUGGCCAUCAACUUCUGGAGGUGCUCGAGCAGCCUCUUCUUGCUCAACCUGGCCGCUGCCGACCUCCUCUUCAUCCUCCUGCUGCCCUUCAAGAUCUCCUACCACCUCCUGGGCAACAACUGGCUCUUUGGGGACUACCUCUGCCGCACCAUGGUGGCCCUUUUCUAUGGGAACAUGUACACCUCCAUCCUCUUCCUCACCUGCAUCGGUGUGGAGCGCUACGUUUCUGUGGCCCACCCAUUCCUGUGGAAGGGCUCCACGGGGAUGUGGGGCAGGGCGGGUGUCUGCGUGGCCAUCUGGCUGCUGGUGGGGCUGGGAGUGAGCCCGCUGCUGCUCUACCCACAGACAAAGAACAUCUCGAGGCUGAACAUCACGACGUGCCACGAUGUUCAAGGAAGGGACAAUUUCUUCCAGCACUAUUUCCUCUGCCUGGUGGGGCUGGGCUUUGGCGUGCCCUUCGUGCUCAUGAUCAUUUCCCACGGCUGCAUCCUGGCCCGGCUGCUGGCCAAGCAGGAAAGCUACAGGCACGUGGUGUGCGUCCUGGCCGUGGUCCUGCUGGCCUUCCUCCUCUGCUUCACCCCCAGCAACGUGCUGCUCUUCAUGCACUACCUGCAGCAGGGCACGGGCUGCAAUAACAUCACCUACAGAUGGUACGCCCUAGCCCUGGCCUUCAGUGCCUUUAACAACUGCUUUGAUCCCUUCCUCUACUUCUAUGUCUCCAAGGAUUUUCGAGGCUGGAUCCGGGACGCUGGCUGCUGCCUCUGGGGACUGGGGACAAAGGGGGAAUGGAAGAAGGCAGCCUUGCCCCUGCGGUCCAGCGAGGAGAGCCAGCUGUAGGUAGGGCUAGGGACACUGUGCCAUGUUCUGCAUGUGGAGAGGACCCUUCUGCAGCUCCAGGCCAGGGUUCCCCCCAGCUGACCCUAUGCCGCUGGGAACAGCCCCACAGGGGACAGAACCCU